CCUCACUCCGCCGCGGUACGUCGCAGCGAGCGGACGUCUUUCGCGUUGCGUCCCCAAACCGCGUCUUCUACGCCGCGUCGUGUUAUCGUGACUUAAAAAUUAAAAUUACAAUUAUUCCGUGACUGUGCUUUGACAUGAAUUAGAACUGGACUUUUUUUUAUCGCGUUUUAACAAGUAAAUCGGGACAAAUGAUGGGUGUAAGUAGUUGUAUGAGUGUUAGGCAGGCGCGAGGGGGCUGCCAUUGCCCUGCUUGUCCUAGGGGGUCGGGGCAUGGGGCUCAAAUGCCGCCCCAGACUCUAGUCCUGCCUCCCAUGGCCCUGGAGCCCGAGACCACCCCUAUCAAGGAUAAGAAGGGGUCGAAAAUGAAAGUUUUUAAGAAGAUUAAGAAAAAAAUGGGAUUAGUACCUCGUACUUCGUGCACCGGUGGCGCCCCCAACAAUCUUCCGCCGCUCAGCUUCCAUGCGGUUCAUGGAGAGAAUGUUCGGAUAUCACGUGAUGGGUCCACUGCACGUCGCGUGGAAUCAUUUUGCAAAGGUGUUGCGUUCAGUGCAAGACCAGUUAGAGUUAAUGAAAAAGUAUGCAUACGUUUCGUCGAGAUCUCAAACAGUUGGAGUGGUGUCAUCCGCUUCGGUUUCACCACACACGAUCCCACGACCCUCGCCCACGCAUUACCAAAAUACGCGUGCCCCGAUCUCACCAAUAAACCCGGCAACUGGGCCAAGGCUUUAGGCGAAAGGUUCUGCGAAAAAGACAACAUAUUAUACUAUUACGUCAACUCCGCCGGUGACGUUCACUUCGGAAUGAACGGAGAAGAUAAAGGACUCUUUUUCUCCGGUGUUGAUACAAGGAGUCCGCUAUGGGCACUCAUAGAUGUAUACGGGAACUGCACAGCCGUUCAAUUCGCGGACCCAAGAGUACCGAACCAAGUUCGAAGAGCAACGCAAAGCCCAGUUGCAGAAGAUGAAAGAUUAGUUGGUGAAAUGAGGUCUUUAAGUGUUGAUGAAACUUUACCAGCACCAAGAUAUCAGAACCCGUUGGUACCUCUCAGUUUACAUAGAACUAAAGGUAGGAACGUCCAGUUUACGAACGAUAGAGGUGUCGCUGCACGAAUCGAAGCGGAAUUCUGCCAAGGAUAUGUGUUCACAGCACGUCCUAUGCGUCCAGGACAGACUAUAGUUGUGCAAAUAUUGGCUACUGAAGCAGCGUAUUCCGGUAGUCUUGCUAUAGGGUUGACAUCCUGCGAUCCUGGUACAUUACGUCCGGCAGACUUACCUUACGACGCUGAACAGUUACUAGAUCGUCCGGAAUACUGGGUUGUUAGAAAAGACGCGGCGAAUGGUCUACGCAGAGGUGAUGAGUUAGCGGUAACUUUGACAGUAGACGGGGAAGUACGCGUCAGUAGAAAUGGAUCGAAUCCUGUGACAGUUAUGCAUGUUGACCACACGUUAAGAUUGUGGGCUUUUGUUGAUAUUUAUGGGGCUACUCAGAAGAUUAGGAUGUUGAGUUCUCAAGUAGUGCCAGCGCAGACUCCGCCUCAGCAGUUGAGGGUCCUCGCGGGAUCAGCAGCACCGAUAGCCACGGGUUCUGGAGGCACUGUUCUAGUUGUCAGUCUUCCGCCUCAAACCAAUGGACAGAAUAUAGCCAACCAGCAGGGAUUGACUUUGACCAGCGCUCAUUAUAUUGAGCCGAUCCAAACAUCAUCACAGCUGUGUCUAGCCAACUUCCAACCUAUACCACCUCAGGCAUCUUGCUCCCAACCACAGUCCUAUCAACAGCAAAGAAUUAGAACUGACGCACAAUGCUCCUCCACCAGCCAGAAUAACGUAAACGAACAAGUACAGAUACCUAACGGUCAUUCUGAACCUAUUAGGAUGGAAAGAAUACCAAAUGGACCUUCAACAAGCCGACAAAUCCCUUCAUCAUCACAUCAUCAACCAAUCUACUCUGUCAUCGGUGAAGGUAAUCUCACUGGAACUGAAUGUACUAUAUGUUAUGAGAAUCCUAUUGAUAGUGUACUUUAUAUGUGCGGUCAUAUGUGUAUGUGUUAUAGAUGUGCGGUACAGCAAUGGAGGGGGAAAGGUGGGGGUCAAUGUCCAUUAUGUAGGGCACAGAUUAAAGAUGUAAUCCGCACUUAUAAGUCCUGAUGUGUUUUGUGGCUGAAUUUCGCGCGCGCCUUUGCCUUAGCUGUCAAAGUGACGUCUGUCAGUUUGACGGGUGCGCGCGGGAAUGUCCAAUAUUUUAUGCCAAAAAAAUAUGUUCGGUUGAUGAAUGUUGAAUUUGACUCUAAUAUAUUUCCUUACGUAGU